AAACUGUCGCCGGCGCGAUAGGAUCAUCAUCAAUUAGUUCUUAUAUCAUUAAUUAAUAUAAUUAAAAAUAAAAAAAUAAUUUUGUGAUAAUGAACGCUUCGGUUUUAUUAGCGGCAGUAUUUUUGGCGGCAAAUGUCGCCCUAGUCGUCGGCUGGGGGUACAGGGCGUCAGAUCAGCGGCGAUGGGCGGUACUCCACCCGGCUUGCGGCGGUCGUCAGCAGUCCCCCAUAGCCAUCGCAGCCCGACAAGCCAUCCCCAUAUCCAUCCCAGCUAUGGAGCUCAUCGGCUACCAGAACCCACUGCCUGGGCCGCUAACGAUCACGAAUAACGGACAUUCUGUGGCUCUAACAAUCCCGAAAUAUAGUUCCGAAGAGGAAAAGAAGGGCUUCCGUCUCCCCUACAUCUUCGGAGGUCCCCUUGACAACGAAUACGAGAUUGAAGGUCUUCAUUUCCACUGGGGUGACAAGAACAACCGCGGUUCAGAACACACGCUCAACGACAUGCGUCUACCGCUUGAGAUGCACAUCAUCCAUAGGAAUAAGAAGUACAGGAACUUGGCCGAAGCCCUGCAGCACCCUGAUGGUCUUUGCGUUCUGGCUUUCUUCUACCAGGUCGUAGAAUUCGACGCCAAACUGCUCACUCCCAUUGUCAAGAACCUGUCGGCUAUUGAGAACUACAACACCACCAUGAAGCUGCCUCAUACCUUCUCUCUCUCCUCAAUUCUCUCCGGUCUUGAUACUGAGCGUUUCUACACCUACAAGGGUUCCCUGACCACCCCACCUUGCGCCGAAGCUGUUACGUGGGUUGUGUUCUCAGACUACCUCCCGAUCUCCGUAUUCCAGAUGGACAACUUCCGUGGCCUCCUCUCGAACCUGAACCUUCCCCUCGUGGACAACUUCAGACAACUGCAGCCACUAUUCGGCCGUCGCGUAUUCGUCCGCAUCACCUCCAAGAAUCCAAAAUUCAAGAAGACUAAGCUCCACUACUCCAAAUGGGACUGGGUACACAGUGGCCACAAGAAGGCCGACAACGAAGUCAACGAAUUCGAUGAAUAAAAAAAAAUCGAUAUUUAAAAAUUUAAUUUAAAAAACACCGAUUAGUUCUCUAUUACGGGUAAUUUAUUUUCUCGUUGAUACCAAAUAUUUGUUAUGUUACCAUUUCUACUCUAUGGUUGUGUGCACUUGUAUAUUUGUGUGAAUAUUAGGUUAUUAAUUUUAAGUU